AUGUCCGACGCCGCCGGCGCAAAUGCUCCAAAGCCGAGCAGCAGUGUCAAGCUCGUCCUGCUGGGCGAGGCUGCGGUUGGCAAGUCGUCACUAGUCCUUCGAUUCGUCAACAAUGAUUUCCAGGAGAACAAGGAACCUACGAUCGGCGGUAAGCAGCGACCCCAAACAAGCCCUUAUGAGUCGAUGAGAAAGACGAGCUCCUCACGGUUGUCAUUGGGUAUGAACAACGGGCCUGGCAUGGCCGACAAAUGCUCUCUGCCUACGCGAACAAUCAAGUUCGAGAUCUGGGAUACUGCCGGCCAAGAACGCUUUGCCUCCCUCGCUCCGAUGUACUACCGCAAUGCCCAAGCCGCGCUGGUGGUCUACGAUGUCACUAAGCCCUCAUCGCUGACGAAAGCCAAGCACUGGGUCGCUGAGUUGCAGCGCCAGGCGAGUCCCGGAAUCGUGAUUGCCCUCGUCGGCAACAAGCUGGACUUGACAAACGAUGGUGGUGAUGCUUCCGCGGCCUCCGCCCUCGAGGCUGAACCCGAGUCUGCUGAUGCCGAUGGAGAGGAAGGUGCCGGCGAGGAAGGCGAGGAGCACGACGCUACCCCCGGCGAUGCCCGGAAGGUGUCUACCCGCGAAGCGAGCUCAUAUGCGGAUGAGGAGGGUCUGCUGUUCUUCGAGACCAGUGCUAAGACCGGAACGAACGUGGUGGAUGUUUUCACGGCCAUUGCCAAUGCCAUUCCCGAGAGCAGCCUGAAGACCGGCCGCGGCGGUGCUGGUACAGGACAAACUGCGCUCGGAGGUCGCUCGGCGGAUGACGCUCGGGUUAAUCUUGGAGAGCGAAACGCAGCGACAGCCAAGGAGGGCUGCGCUUGUUGA